AUGAGCGAGUACAACACGAUGCACAGCCGUGCUCACAAGGAUCGCGCACGACCCGCAGAGACACCCGAGGAAAGAGCGAUCAUGGCCCAUCAUGCUCGACAUGUCAAACUUCCUUUGUACUGGCGCAGUCCCGACCAUGUCCUUGGACGACUAAAGAAGUCGAUGGAAAGGGACGAAAAGAGUAUGGCAGAGUCAGACUUACUCCUCGUCGAAGCGCGUAAGGUGCUUGCUGCUGCCACAUUGCAACUGGAGAAGAUCAGGAAGAUGCGAGUUGAACCACUUGCCAGGGAAGAAGUCAUCGGUGAAGAUGACGCGAACGAUGCAGUUAGCCCUCCGCGGACUUCUGCGGUCGGACCGGACCAACAAGGUGCUGUGCAGAGUGUUACUGUUGAGAAAAAACUUCACGGAUCGGAACUGCCUCAAACUCCCGCACAGUCAGGCAAGCGGGCAAGUCCUCGACAACAGGCGGGCACAGGUGUGAAUGGCGAGGGCGGAAACCCGGAUCUUGAUAACAAGAUGGAUAUUGGAACUACAGCUAACGCGGAAGGUUCUGUAUUCACUUCCAAACACGGCUCUGCUAGGCGCCUAGUCAACAAAGUGCGUCGGGCUUUCUGUCGAAUCUGGAAGUCUCGUUAA